UGUUUGUUGUUGCUGUUCGUGUUUUGGUUUCGCCAUAGUGGAGCCCAUCAGUUUUUGCCUCGUCGUUUUGCGAUAUUUAAAUAUUUGUGCUCGAAUUACUGUGUCUACUAUAAUAAUUAGGGCAGUUCAAGAAUUAGUAUAUAAACUGUGACAAAAUGGGAACAUUAUUCGAUCAUUUAAAAAGUCUUUUCGAUUACGAACUUUACUCCAACGCUAAGACACUUUCUAACUUGAUUCUGGCCGUUUUUGAGAGAAACAGGGCCAUUUUGACACCGCAGCAGCAUUUUAGCACCUUGGUUUAUUAUGCAGAAUCUUUGUUCCACGAGCAUCAAUACCGGGAGGCAGAGGGAAUCUACCGUCAAGCCCUGCAGGCCAAACGAAUCCUUCCGAAGGCCAAAUCCCCCAGUGGCAAGGGAUGUGAGGGUCCACCGGAUAUUUUCUCGGAAGUGGAAAUCAAGUACAAAACGGCUCGCUGUUUGAUUGAGAUAAAACGGUUUCGGGAUGCAAUUGUGGUGUUGCAGUCGCUUUCAAUAAAACAGCGCACACCGAAGGUGAAUAUGCUGUUGAGUCGUUUGUGCCACAAUCAUGGGCAUGAGAGGAGCGCCAUUGGUACUUAUAAGGAGGUGCUGAAGGAUUGUCCUCUGGCAUUCGAGGCAAUAGAAGGAUUACUAUCGCUUGGAACCAACGGUAUAGAAGUUAACACGUUGGUUCUAAAUGCAACUUUGGCUCCCCAGUGUAACGAUUGGCUGAGCAAUUGGAUUAAAGCCCAUGCCCACAUGCAGGGUAGGAAGUAUUCGGAAGCAAUUCAAACAUUCCGUUCCAUUGAAUCGAACACAUCCCUGUCCCAUUACCACCAGCUCUUGGUUCUGAUUGGCGAAUGUUAUUAUCAUAACGGAGAGUAUGAGAAUGCUUACACCUAUCUGAAGCGAGCCCAUAGCCUCUAUCCUUACAUGAAGAAUGGUAUUCAAAUUCUGGCCAUCCUCAUGGCCAAGAAAAAGAAAAUGUCGGAACUCGAAAAGAUGAUUGCACCCACUUCCACCUUCCCAAUGGAAUAUUCGUCCGAAAUGUGGUUUGUAAUGGCUCAGUAUCUCUUCUCUACAGCCAAGUACGACAAAGCGGUCUAUUUCGUGCAGAAGGCCUGCUUCCUGAACCCCAAGAAUGCCGAAGCACUCAUACUGAAGGCGGAAAUCUUGCUCCAAUUGAAGAAAUACCAGGAAGCGAUUGCCCAUCUGCGCUUCGCCCAGCAAUUUGCUCCGUACCGAUACGAGGUGCACAAGGUGCUGGUCGAUACCUAUCUGAACAUGAACCGACUGCGGGAAGCGCAGGCGCAAGCUCUGAAGGCUCUCAAAACAAUCGGAGAAACUCCCCGGCUUCUCGUGCUAUUGGGUCGUACUUAUCUGAAAGACGAUAGCACUAGGGCUAAAGCCAAGACACUGUUCAUGAAGGCCCUCGAAAUGAACGAAAACUAUUUGCCGGCAGUUUACCUGCUAGCCGACAUGUACCGCCAGGAUAACGACGCUUCCAAUUGUAUAAAACUGCUGAAGAAACAUGCUUCGUUAACGCAAAACUGCAAACUGCACGCCAUGCUUGGAGAUUUGCUGAGCCAUGAUAAGGAUCACACUGGAGCAUUGGAACAUUACACCAUGGCCUUGAAUCUGGAUCCUACAAACCGUUGCGCAAUGGCGGGCCUGUUGGCUAUGGGGCAAAGUGCCGGCGGAACCAGCGGUGUCGGUGCAUCUUCAUACCUGGAAUCAUCGAUGGCAGAAGAAGGCAGCGAUGUGCAGGAUAACCCUUUGGAAAUGAUUGAAAUCCCACAGAGCGCUCAGAACGAUCUAGAGUCGGAAAGCGACAUCAUGUGGUCAGAUGUGGAGAUCGAGAUCAAUCAAUAAACCUAUUCUGUGGAGACGUGUUCUCCAAUUUUUAUUGUAUCCUCUAUUUAACUAAGUAAUGUAGCAUUCUCAAAGAUACAUACACGUAAGAAAAGAUAUAUUAUUCAUUUCUUUAGUGGAAUUUCAAUUUUGCAUAUGUUUUAGAAUACUAAUUUACAUGUUUGUCUUAA